AGACUCCAGUGUAGGCUAAAGGCUUGCUCUUCUCAUUGCCUGCUCUUGGGAGCCCCCGCGGAGAAGAGGCGGCCGCAGCAGAAGCGGCUGCUACUACUCCUCGGUCUGAAGCAGCCCAGCCCUAGCAAGGGGAGGGGUUGGGGAGAAAUCCCCCAAGUGGAAAAUGGUCGGAGCGGGCUCGCUCGGAGGGCAAAGCUAAUAAGAGCCGCGCGCGCCGGAGUCUCCUUUGCCGCGAGAAGGAAGCGGGCCGAGCCAGACUCAGCGGCGACCCUCGUCUUGGCCUUCUUCCUGCUCCCAUCUGAAGAGCUCUUGUUGUUGUUGUUCUCCCGUUGGCAGCGGCGACUGCAACUGCAGGACCAGCAGAAGCGUUUGCUCUGGCAAUAUGCAGCAGCAGAAGCAGCAACAGCCACCCCGGGAGGAGGAGGAGGGCAAGAAAAAGGAGUGAGGAGGAGCCGCGGCGGCGGCGGCGGCUUCUUCUGCUUCGCUCUGUGCGUUUCUUUCCUCCUUGUUUGGGCUUCUGGUCGCCCCGCAGCAGGAAAAUGGAGCCCUUCUCUAACAGCGAGCUUCAAAAUGGCUCCAUUUUUUUCAAUGGCCAUUUCCAGCUGAUUUGGAGGAGAUUUUCGGACAGUGCAACUCAGGGGACCAGUGAAGCAUGAUCGAAUUCAGUUACCCAGGAAUAUGAUUGAAAACAGCAUGUUUGAGGAAGAGCCUGAUGUGGUUGACUUGGCUAAAGAGCCUUGCUUGCAUCCUUUGGAGCCGGAUGAAGUGGAGUAUGAACCAAGGAGUUCCCGUCUCCUAGUGCGUGGUCUUGGAGAGCAUGAAUUGGACGAGGAUGAGGAGGAUUAUGAGUCAUCAGCCAAGCUUCUGGGAAUGUCUUUUAUGAAUAGAAGCACAGGCCUGCGCAAUAACAAUGCUGGUUACAGGCAGACUUCAGAUGGGUCUUGCUCUGCACCAUCUGUCAGGACCACAGUGAUUUGUGUCAUUGUUCUUGUGAUUGCUCUGUCUGUAGUAAUGGCAAUCUAUCUUCUUCCCAAAUGUACCUUUACCAAAGAAGGCUGUCAUAAGAAAAACCACACAAUGGAACUUAUAUAUCCUUUGGCAACAAAUGGAAAGGUCUUUCCAUGGGCGAAUAUUAGGCUUCCAAACACUGUUAUGCCAAUACACUAUGAUAUUGUUUUGCAUCCGAACCUAACAACUAUGAUAUUUUCAGGUUCAGUUCAGAUAACUGUGAAAGUCCUCCAGAGUAGUCAGUAUAUCAUACUUCAUAGUUCAAAACUGAACAUUACCAAGGCAACCCUUGCUUCACCAGGCUCGAGCCAGCCAAAAUCAGUUGACUUGUUGGAAUAUCCAAUAAAUGAUCAGAUUGCAAUUUCAGCAUCAGAGGCCCUCCUUACAGGACAAGUCUAUAUUAUCAGCAUGGAAUUUUUUUCUAAUUUAUCGAACAGUUAUUCUGGGCUUUACAGAAUUGGCUACAAGGACGACCAUUCAGAAAAAAGGUGGCUUGCAGCAACUCAGUUUGAACCCCUGGCAGCAAGGUCAGCCUUCCCCUGUUUUGAUGAACCAGCAUUCAAAGCCACUUUUCAAGUCAAGGUCAACCGAGAGAAGCAAUAUUCUGCUCUGUCAAAUAUGCCAAAGAAUGCAACCAAAAUUCUGGCUGAUGGAAUAGUUCAAGAUGAGUUCUCUGUGAGUUUGAAAAUGAGCACUUACCUGGUAGCCGUCGUUGUUGGAAACUUGACAUAUAUCAGUAAGGAAACAAACAAAACUCUGGUAUCUGUCUAUACUGUACCACAAAAGUCAGGACAGGCUGAAUAUGCCUUGGACACUGCAGUGAAGCUUCUUGAAUUUUAUCAGAAGUAUUUUGGUAUACUAUAUCCGCUUAAAAAAUUAGAUUUGGUAGCUAUCCCUGACUUUCAGGCUGGGGCUAUGGAAAACUGGGGUUUGAUCACUUUCCGAGAGACAACACUCCUCUAUGAUAACAAAACCUCUUCAGCAAUGGAUAAAAAGAGAGUAACCACAGUGAUUGCUCAUGAGCUGGCCCACCAGUGGUUUGGCAAUCUAGUAACUAUGGAGUGGUGGAAUGACCUGUGGCUCAAUGAAGGGUUUGCCACUUUUAUGGAAUACUUUGCCAUGAAGACGAUUUUUCCAGAUUUAUGUACUGAUGAUAACUUUCUAGAUGACCGAUUUAAGACCAUGGUGAAGGAUUCCAUGAAUUCAUCUCACCCCAUCUCGCUUGCUGUCCAGUCACCAGAAGAGAUUGAAGAAAUGUUCGAUGCUGUUUCCUAUGGCAAGGGAGCUUCUCUUUUGUUGAUGUUGAAAAAAUAUCUCCAUAAGGAUAUCUUCCAAGCUGGCAUCCAAACCUAUUUACACAACCACAGCUUGGAGUCUACCCGCAGUGAUGAUUUAUGGGAUAGCAUGAAUAAGGCAACAAAUGGUACAGUAGAUGUAAAAAACCUUAUGAAAACCUGGACUACCCAGAAAGGAUUUCCCUUGGUGACCAUUAAAAAAAAUGGAACACAGAUCCAGCUGAAGCAAGAGAAAUAUGGGAAGAAUAUGGAAUUGGAAAAUCAGACCAUGCAUUCAAGUUAUCUGUGGCAUAUUCCUCUUUCCUACAUCACCAGCAAUAGCAGCUCAUUUAGUACUUCUGAAUACAUGCUGGACAAAAAGUCAGCUGUUUUCAACCUUCCAGGUGAAGUGGAAUGGGUGAAGUUCAACGUAGACUCAAAUGGUUACUAUAUUGUGCAAUAUUCUGAUGAGGAUUGGACUGCCCUAAUUAAACUUCUGAAGGGAAACCCCUUUGCUCUAAGUUCCAGCGACAGAGCCAAUCUAAUCCAAAACAUCUUCAGUUUGGCAGGGCUAGGACAGGUAUCAAUAGCCAAGGCCUUUGACCUGAUUGAAUAUAUAAUGAAAGAAAACAGUACUGCACCAAUUGUACAAGCUUUGUACCAAAUGAGUCAUAUCUACAAUCUAGUUGAUAAAAGAAGACUGCAGUACCUUGCUUCCAGAAUAUUGAGUAAGAUAAGAGACCUCCUUGGAGACAAGAUUGAACAACAAAAGUGGACAAGUGAAGGGACCAUCUUGGAACAAGAGCUGAAGUCCAAUCUACUAACCUUUGCCUGCUCCCAUAACUUGCCAAAUGUGACAACCUGUAACACAGCUGCUGAGCUGUUUGAAAAAUGGAAGAACUCCAGUGGCACAACAAGCCUGCCCACAGAUGUUAUGAACAUCAUAUUCAGAGUUGGAGCAAAAACGGAAAGUGGCUGGAACUUCCUUUUAGCCGUGUAUCAUGACUUGGCUUCUGAACCAGAAAAGCUCAAAAUCCUUGAAGCGCUCGCCAGCUCAGAUGACGUUAGAAAACUGAUAUGGCUAUUGAAAACAAGUCUGGAAGGAGACAUCAUCAGAUCACAGGAUUUUUUACAUGUUAUAACUACAGUCAGUCAGAAUUUGCCUGGACAUUUACUGGCCUGGGACUUCGUCAAAGAGAAUUGGAACCAGCUUAUACAGAAGUUUCACCGUGGAUCAUACACCAUCCAAAACAUUGUGAUCACGACAACUAGUCAGUUCUCAACACAGGAACAUCUGCAAGAGGUCAAGGCAUUCUUUGAGUCAAAGUCAGAAGAGAUGGCUCAGUUACGGUGUGUCCAAGAAGCUAUUGAGAGAAUUCAGUUGAAUAUCCAAUGGAUGGCGUUGAACUUGGCAAAUCUGAAGCAAUUGCUAUAGUGAUCACAAUGCCACCAGAGUUUGAUUUAGCCACAUGGAAUGCUGCAACUCUUGCUCUUUUGCUUUUGCAAAACCCAGGUUGAAAAUUGGCAAUGCAGCUUUCUUUGCACUGUGAGAAGGUUCUAGUUAGCUCAGGGUACAUCUCUUCCCAAGCUGGGCAUCAUUGCUUGUUAAGGGGGUGUUUGUUCACUGACCAAACUUCCACAGAAAACAAGAACAAUAAUUUUUAUAACUGUAUUGCAGUUCCCUUCCAUUAUUUGGAUAAUGGUGGUUCCAUUUUCUAGAUAUUGAAUGAAGACUUUACAAUAGAGAGUAAGAAGACAAGAACACCACGGAGAACUGCUUUUCUUUGCAGAGUGCUGUUUAAUCAGCUUUCCUCAUUGUCAGUAGCAUAUUGAAAUGUAAAUUCUGUACCUGUUGUGAAGCACGUUUUUAUUGCCAUGAUUAUAAACAGCUGCUAAGACACACAAAAUGGAGGUGAGAAGCUAAAGUUAAAAGGUUUGGGGGGCAGGUGCUUUUGGGCUUUGAUUUAUCUAAGUAUUUUAUGACAAUUAUACAAAUAUAAGAAAUUAGUAGAAAAAAUAUUUUUGACUGCAGUAUGGUUGGGUACUACUGAUAUACAAAUAGUUCUUGUGCAGAAAAAAUUCAUCAGGAUGGAAUGUUCAAUGUAUAGUUUGAAAAAUUAAUAGGUUUAAGAUUGGAACUCUUAACUCAUUAGGUUCUUAUGGGAAUCCCACUUUUCCUCAUAGUCCCUUAAAAGUAAUUUUUAAUUGAUUUUUUGCCAGUGCUGUGGAACAGUGCACAGACCAUUGUUCUUGCCGAAUCGAUACUUUUACUACUGAUUUCUGGCUUCAUAUUUUUCUUGGGUUUUGUUUUUUUUUAGAGGGUCCUCAUUAAUGCAUGCUGUGGACGUUGUUGAUCUUCAUUUUUCUGUGCCACAGAGUUCAGCAUAAUCAAUUGCUGCAAAACUCACUUUUUUGUUGUACAUUAUGUUGUCCUGUGACUAAGAAAUAUCACUAGGACAAAGCUGAAACAUAUUUUUUGUACCAACGGCACAAAAUGGGGAAUAACCAGUGGAUAUAGUUUUCAGAACCAUUUGGGUCACUGUGGAGCAAGUCAUAAUGUUUAGAAUAUUAAGAGAAACAUCCAGUACCAAAUUUGGCCACUUUACCAUACAUUUAUCAUGUUCAGAAAUGCAAAUGCUAAAAACCCUAAGCUGCAUUUCAACAUGCUUGCAGUGCAUAUCCACCUGUGUUGUGAUUUACAACAGAUGUGACUUAAUGGUGAUAAAAUAGUAUCUCUUCAGCUACGUUGAAAAUUGUAGGGGGAAGAAAACAUACACAAAUGAUGCAAAAAAAGAAAAAGUAGUACAGUUUUCUGGAAUAUCUUGGGAAUUUUUUUCUUUUUUUAAAUAAAGGAAAGUUGUUCUCUGUUCUCUGCUCACUUGCUGAAUGGGGAAAGAGACCACACCAUUUCAGUGUGCUUUGUUAGAAGUAUUGCUGUAACUUCUGGAUGUUGAGGAUUGAGUCUACAUUGUUUUGCUUUCCCUUACCUUCCUGAUCCGUACUCUAGCCUAGUAUAUUGUCCUAUGCACUGAUCCUCUUUUCAGUUGGUUUACUUUUAUAGCAGUACUGAGGCAUAGCAACCUGCAAAAUAAUUGUCCACCUAAUUCCCUUGUUUGGGUCACUUGAUACCUAUCCUAUGAUAUAUAGAUGCAAUUGCUACUGGAAAUGUGAACUGUACUUGAAAAUAUAGUGCACCUGCAUUUUAGAAUUAAGAAUAUGAUGUGUAAAGCACUGUUGCUUUAAGGAUAUUUUUCAACUAUUUAUCUUUUUUGGAUUAUGAAGUUUGGGUUAUGUGAUUGCUACUUAAUAUUAAUGCACAUUCAGGAUUGUGUGCUCUUGUUUGGACCUGGGAUUCAACCUCUAGUGAAAUCAAAGUUCUUUCAUUUCAUUUAUGUAAUUAAAAUAAGAGGUGAGAUCAAGCUUGAAGUCCAACAAGUACCGAGUACCUAUUCAGUCAAUUGAGAAUUGACGGGGUUGGACCCCUCAUGGUUUUGUUUUGUUUUGUUUAACGUUAAAGCCAUAUGUGAGAGCUCACGGAUUUAUGUUUCAUCUUAAGCUUAUGUCAGUCCAGUAGUGACCCUUUCAAGAGAAAAAAUGUACUGUAAUUUGUAUAUAUAUCCUUUCUGCAGUUUAAUAACAUGAGUUAACUUUUGGUGGGAUAUAUAUAUAUAUAUAUAUAUAUAUAUAUAUAUAUAUAUAUAUAUAUAUAUUUUUUUUUUUUUCCCCUACAAUGCCCGAGACACAUCUAGGGCUAAUGUCAGGAACUAGGGUAUACUUUUUUCUUAAUGAUGAAAUCUCAGUUCUGUUCAGUAUUUCUUAACUUGAGGGGGGCAGGGGGAGUACCUGCCAUUCAGGUCCUAUUCAAAGCUUUUGUGCUAUUGUAUGUAAUCCUCUCUGUAUGUUCUUUGGCUUUGGUAGUAUUGUCAUCUUUCACUUGAGUUCUGUAUAACAGAUAAAGAUAAUUCAUUAAUAUUUUCUAAGGGUAUUUCCCCCUCAAAAGGGAGAGAAUCCUCUGUGCAGAAAAUGGACUAUUGAAAUUUGCAAGCUGUAUUUCUUUAAUCAAAUUCUUUAUUUGAUUUUAAAUCUUUCUGGGUUUAGGGGGUUUUGUAUGGAAAGAAUCUGAGAGAUCAUUUUGAUGGUUUUAUAAAUUGGAAAGUAGCAAAGAUUUCAUGUGCCUUAUGGAGUAUAGUGACUGCAAAAUAUAUAAUAUAAUAUGACUGCAAAAGGAAUGUGUUAUACAAAAUAAGUCUAUUUUUGUAGAGCCCUCCUUUCAUAACCAUCUUCAUAUCAUCUUAGAUUAUGGAGAGGCAUAUGCUUUCCCAGUGAAUGAGAGCUUCUUAGCCAGUCUACAAACCUGAUGUUCUGAAAGUCUUAAAAUAAAACUAGUUUUUAGUCCUUUCAGACCAUGAUCCAAAGCUCUGUAGAAUUCCGACAUGCACCCACAAACCUCUGCGCAAGCAAGGGCUUCCCUAUUUAUCUGAAUCUUAUAAAAUAUUUCAUAUUCACCUCCUUCAUGUGGAAUACUUAAGGACCCUGGAAGGGAGAAGUAUAUGCUUAUAUAUGUUCUCUGGGUAUGGAUACUAAGUACUUAUCCAAGCCCUGGAUCUGGGGAAUUGUAGUUAAAUAGGCUUCAAUCCAAAGAGAAUGGUUAAGCCAAUUUCUAGGUAGCACCUUCAGCUGUUCUUAUCUCCACACACUUAAAGCACAACUCUAGUAGUCCAGUGUUAACCAUUGAAUGUUGUUUUCCCCUGGAGAAGCAUUAGCUGUCUGCAUCUUGCAUUUUUACAUACAUACCACACACACAAUAUGUAAAAAUACACAGAAGUGCAUCUUCUAUCCGCUUUUAAAAAAAAUAAAAACUAGAUACAGAAUGGUCCAGUCUGAUCUUUAAAAAGAAAUUGAUUGUUUGACUUCUUUUUAUCCCCAUUUCUUUGACCCAGCUUCCUGAAAGCACAUUUUCAUAUUUGAAAUGAGUUCAUGGCAGUCAAUAUAGCUGCUUGUUUUCUGUGGAUGGUAAAAACCUUUUGGUAACUUCCAUUAAGUCUGUUAACACAUACAGAAGCUUGCAUAUAUCAAGCUGAACCAUCCAUUUUUUAUCUCACAGAAACAAAAGGGAGUGUCCCAAGAUGCUUUAUCAAUAACAUGAAUAUCUUUUGAACAUGUAUUCAUUUAUUAUAUAACAUUUCAAUGUAUAUAAGUUGAAGUAAAUAAUUGGAACAGUGUCUCUCUCUUCAUGCACAUCUGUCUGUUUCCAGUUACUGUGUGUGCUCCAGAGAAUUCUAAAAUUGCACUGUAAACUAGUUUUCCUUCUCCAAACUUUUGAAUAUUCUUCUCCAUUCAGAAGGUUGGUGGAAGAAAAGAAAAUAGUUUUCUAUGCAGCAAAAGUCUCCGGAGAAGAGCACACAGUAGCUUGAAACAUGUUUCAAGAAUUCCUACAGUAAAGUUUGUUGUUGGCUCCUUGGAACACCCCUUCUUUGUGUCUUGUGAAAUUUUUGCCAUAUUUUUUUCCCAGAACUGUACCUAGACUCACAUUUCCACCAGACUAUUUUGAAAUCACCUGUAGUUGAAGCAGUGUUGCAUAUUUUCUCAAAGCACAGAAACUGCUAUCAGCCCUCUCAUGUCUGAAGUUAAUUAUUUUAAAUUCACACAAAGCUGCUGCAUACCUGUUCAUGUUAAUUUUAACUGCAACAGCUGUACCUGUGUAAGUGGGGAUAGUGUGGGAGAUAGUAUUUUUGUUAUAAUGGGUCUCACUGCUUUACUUUGAAAAGAUGCCUACUCCAUUAGCUUUGUGAAAUUGAACAUUCAUUGCAAGUAUAAUGCCCUAAGAACUGUAGUUGUGGCCUUAAUUAUUUUUCCUUGGUAGCAACAUGCUACAGAAUACUGACCCUUGAACUGAAUUGUCUUUGUAUGGCUGCAUAUAUUUCACCUGUUCUCUAUUAGAUAGAAUAUUCUUCCUUCUGAUAGAUUGGUUUUCUUAAGUCUCUUCUAGUAGAUGUUUUCUUUAUUGCACUCUGAAAUUUAAAAUAAUGUUGCCUCAUUCUAAGUGUACACUGUCAUGAAUUGAGACCCCUAUGAGUGUGUUUAAAAGAUCUCUUCGUUAAUUUGUAUUCCAAAGGCUGUCUUCACUUGAAAUACAGUAAAUUUCAGCCCUAUUCCACCCCCACGCCACUGCAGACAGCACUCACAAAAGAAAGUGCAUGGGUAUACUGUUUGCAUUAUGUCUGAUUCUUAGUCAUGGUUUGCCAUGAUGCUACUAAAUGUUGCUGUCUUUUAUCCCAUUUCACAAAACAGUUAAUGUUUUAGCCACUUUUUAGGGGGGAAGUGUUUGCCAUACUAAGCUCUCAGGUCCUAGUCUUCAAGAAUUUAAACUUCCUUGAUUUGCUGUGUUACUUAAACCUGCUGUGUAGUAGAAAUACUACAGACCUUCACAUAUGACAUUGCUUUGAUCAAAGCAAUGGUCUGGCAUCUUUUUUAAGUUAGUCAUGGCACCAUGUAGCAAAUUACUGUAGAAAUCUAAAAUAGUUACCUUUUUUUCAAAAUGUGGAAUGGUAUGAUGAGGUUGGAAUGGAUGUUUGAAAGCCACCAAAAGCUUUUAAUUUACAAAGGCUUCUAAAAAGAAGUGGAUUUGAGAGUAAAUUUGCACCAGAUCUGGGGGAAGGGGAGUUGCAGUUCUAUUGAUAACAACAUUGGCUUGAAUAAUGGUAGCAUCAAAGUAAUUCUGGAAUAUCAAAUACAGGAAUCUGAAAAGGGAUUACACUUUUGUGUUUAAUACUUUAGAGAUGCAUAGUGCAAGAUACAAUCAUAUAUAAACAGUAAAACUCCAGGUUGUACAAUACUUUGUACAAUAUUUUGAAAGAGAUUUUUGAAAAUAGUGAUGUGUAUAUCUAUGCACAUACACAUUAUAUGCAAAUCUUGGUUUUCCUUAAUUUGUAAAGGAGAAUUAAAGCCUAUUCUUUAUAUUCCAAAUAAAACCGUGUGUAUAUAACUAGCACUGAAGGGCAUGUGUACUACAAACACGGUUGCUGGUUUUUUUUGUUUUUGUUUUUUGGUGAAGUGAAUUGAAAAUAAAAACUUUAAAUACAAA